UGAUCAGAGAGAGGGGAGGAUUGUCAAAGAUCCAAAACAAAAAAACUUUACUAAUUGUUUCGUCUUGGAUUGUUUCAAUGUUUUUAUCAAAAAAAGACUUUGUGGUAUUCAUUUGAAUUUUGAUCGAGCAAGGCGUAUCUUAAAGCAACGAUGCCGGUAGACUACGGUAGCCGCUUCCCGCCGAUCACCAAGAUGUAUAUCUUGGCGAGUAGCCUGUCGAUUAUGCUCAAUGCCACCUUUUUUGCGUAUGUCCUCUACGCCGACAAGCUGUACGACAUCGGUAAGUGUUGGACGUCGUGGAUUCUGAUGGUGCUUCCGGCGAUUGAGCUACUGAAGCAUUACACCGUGGGGGGUGCUUUCCGCUUGGAUGGAACCGCUAGAUCGUCCGCCAGCACAACCGGCCAACAUUCCAAAUGGUCCGGUAACAAGACCGCACCGAAGCGACCGUCACCCGCCCUGGAACUGCUGGGCGCCCUGAUGGUCUUCCUGCUCGCCAUGCUUUUCUACGGGUUCAUCUGUCUGGUGCUGGGAGCACCGCUGGAACAGUACGAGGAAACGGUCUCCCUGGCGUUCGUCCUAACCAGCUUAACCAUUUUCCCGAUCAUCAUUUUCAUCGGGUACUCGGAAACGCUUCAGCUGCUUUUCACGGAAUCGUUGGAACUGCGCACCCCGAUUGCCAACGGGUACUUGAACCUGCUGAAGAAUAAUUGCAUCGGGGUGAUUUUGGGAGCAUGGGGGGCUUCUGUUGUUGCCCCACUGGAUUGGGAUCGUCCCUGGCAGGUGUAUCCGGUGCCGAACAUGGUCGGCGCCAUCGGAGGUGCUUUCGGGAUGAAUCUGUUCACGCUGGCUAGUACGAUCUUCUUUGCGUUUUGUUAUACUGGCCGGAAGAGAGGAAUUGUGUAAAGGCUAGCGAGUGGACUGUUGGAUUCUAGUCGAGAUAAGGCAUAGGUUCUUUUUAUAUUUUUUGAAAUCAACCGCGUGGGUAAAUCAUCGCACAUGAUUAUAAUAUUUAGUAUUAUUAGAUUAGAUAAGACUUUUUUUUUCAUUUAAAUGCAUGCAAUUUCGUUCAAGGGUUCGUAUUCCAGAGCGAUUAAAAUAGAAUUCUUCAUAAAUUCGCUUCCUUUUU